AUGGCACUUCCAACAAUAAGCGUUCAAGAGUUUGACGCUUUGAUAAAGCGCUGUACUAAUGAAAUGAUACCAAAUGGUGAAGUAGACCUACCGGUAGCACUAGAGAUAUCGGAUGUGAUCCGAUCAAGACGAAUUCCGCCAAAAGAAGCUAUGAGGUGCCUAAAGAAAAGGGCCAUGGAAACUAGAAAUAACCAAAAUUUACAAUUCUCUGUUUGGAGGCUUGUUGAAGUAUGUAUGAAGAAUGGUGGUGUGCCAUUCUUGAAGGAAAUCUGCUCGAGAGAAUUCAUGGACUGUCUUGAACAAGUAAUCUUGAGUGAAUCAACAGAUUACGAAUUAGAACAAUAUUGCAGCAGGUUAGUUGCGGAACUAUAUCUUGCUUUCAAAAAUGACUCCCAGUUGAAUUAUGUCGUUAAAGUUUAUCAAAAAUUAAUGGCCAGAGGUAUCGACAUGGAUAAUUUGAAGCCUAAUGAAAACCUAAAUGCUAUGUUUGAUGCCAAGACACCAGCAGACUGGAUCGAUUCUGAUGCUUGUAUGAUAUGUUCCAACAAGUUCACAUUAUUAAAUAGAAAACACCAUUGUAGAUCUUGCGGUGGUGUAUUCUGCCAGAUCCACUCUUCUAAAUCUAUUCCACUUCCAGAUUUGGGUAUUUUUGAAGCCGUCCGUGUGUGUGAUAACUGUUUUGAUGAUUACGACCUUAAACGGAGUUCUAGUAAGGGAAAGAAACGCAAAAACAAAAAGAAGGCUCCUAAUCAGUCGGAUAAUGAGGAUGAGGAUUUAAGAAGGGCUAUAGAACUAUCCUUGAAAGAAAACGGACCUAAUGUAGAUACCUUUAUACCAGAGAUUCCUACAACUGAACCUGUCAGAAAUGCAGAGGAAGAUGAUGACCCUGAGUUGAAAGCAGCCAUCGAAGCAAGUUUAAGAGAACAUCAAGAACAAGAAAGAAGAAGGGCAUUUCAGCAAUCUCCACAAUCUGUUAAUGUUGCUCCUACCGCCCCUAAUAUUACAACGCAGCCAAAUUAUGAUUUGAGCAGUGCUGAUGAGGAGGAUAUUCAUCUUUUUGCCUCAUUAGUGGAAAGAAUGAAAAAUCAGCCACCAACUGCUAUCCUCGAAGACACACAACUUCAGCAGUUAUAUCAAAAGGUGUUGGGUGUAAGACCAAAAUUAAACUAUACUCUUAAUGAUACAGUAUCAAAAUAUAACUCUGUUUAUGAGAUGAAUGGGAAGAUAUCAGAUAUCAUGAACAUGUAUGACUCUAUGCUUGAAAGGCAGUUGAGAAAUAUUAGUAUUUCGCAGCAAUAUUCUGUUCCUGAACCUAUUCAAAGUCCUUAUUCAUACUACCAGAAUGUUCCUCAAACUAAUAAACCGUCUUAUCAAAGAGAAACUGAACCAGCUAUAGCACCUCAACCUCAACCUCAACCUCCAUCUACCUUGCAACAUCCAGACAGUGUAUCUCAAGAACCUCAAAUUCUGCCCAACGGUGUUGUCAAUGUGCCUAAUCAGCCAUCUUUACUCUCUAAUCCCCAACUAUCUCCAAUCGGAAACCCUUCGGUAGCAUCACAAUUAGAUGGCCUUAUUCUGGAUCAACCAAGUGAACCUCCUUACCCAGAUGAUUCAAUUAACACCGAGCAAAAAGAACAGAAUAACUCUGCGGAAAGACCAUACCCUGAUGAUGAUCGUGUGAAACAGGAUAAUAUAACUGCAUUCGAUUUUCCCACUGUUCCGCAACGUAAGCUAUCCCUUCAUGAGUCAGAGCCUGAAGUAACAGAGGAGCCUGAACAGGAAAUAGAACAGGAGCAGCUGCUAAUCGAAUUAUAA